UCGAUAGAAUACACUUUUUAUGGCGUAAGUUUAAGAUUAGGACGAAUUUUUGGAAAUGUGGAUCAUAGAAGGGUAAAUAGGGCGUAGAAUUUUUGUUUAAAGAUACUCGUAUCCCACAAGUUGCUAAAGUUAGAAACACGACGAAACGAAAGGAAACUAAUUGGAACGAAAAUUCGAGGAUAUCGCGAAUUACAAAGGGUUAUGGAAAGGUGGAAUGUAGACACCUUGGCCCUGUUAGUCCCGCCACGUCCCAGUUCUACGUCAGUGGAUCGGUUCGUCCUGCCACGCGAGGCGUCACGACGCUUCGCGGCGUGCGCCGGCGGCGAACGUCGCGGCGUCGCCUCGACUGGUAGCCAGGCAACGCGUAUAAUAUGACCAGCGUAAUAGUUUGAAACGAAACGGUCGCGGGAGCGGAUCGGGUUCCUCGUCCAACCAUUUCUUCCCCAUUUUUUUUUUCAUUUUUUUAAUCUCGCGAUCCUUCGUCGUCAUCGUCGUCGACGACACCGAGCUCGAUGGAGAACGAAAGUGGCACGCGACAGUACCGAAGGGAACCAAGGGAACGCUUGUACGUACACGUCGUGCACGCCUUAUGCCGCGUUUCCAUCGUGGAAAAUACGUUUGCCGAGUCGGAAUAAAAUGGGAAUAAAAUUUAAUCGAAGGUAGAGUCUGCGGUAUGCGACAAAAACGAGCAUUUUGAUCGAGGAAAGCCAGGAAGAUCGAAGGCCGAAUAAUUCGAUGCAAAUGAGUCAAGGAGGCAUCGAUACGAUACGACGGUAUCACCAACCUCGAGUAUAUCGUGACUACAACACGCUCCAAAAUGUCCUACGACUCGAAUCCAUCGGCGAAAAGAUUUGCAGACAACAUCGAACAUCGAUGCUUUAUCAGGUUUCUCAGGUUAUAUAAAACGACCGCGUUUCGGCGAACGAUGACAAUGCUGGCCGCUAUGGAAGCUACCUCGAACAAGCGUAAUAUCACGAACAUGUAUGAAGAUGCCAUUUUACCAGAAUACAAUGUCACCACGACAGCAAGCGGAGCGGCUAGUAAGACGAGUCACUUCGAGACCGAUUUGCAUGGGAAUGUUAACAUUCUUCUCGGCGGGGCGAUGCUCAGCGGCGUGAUUAUGGUCGUCCUACUGAUGUGCUACUGUUGUCACAAGAGCAUCCGGAAGAACCGACCGCAAGAGUACCCGCAAUACUGGAGGACAGAGCCAGACGUGCAUAGCCUCGAGGUCUUCACCACGGAAGCGCACGCUGCUUGCUGCGACAGACAAUCGACAGGCGAGGGAAACUUGGACGAGAGCACCUACGCCGCCCUUUCGUGUCCUGUGACGCCUAACUCCGGCCCUGGACCACCGCCGACUUACGACAGUCUGAUCUUCGACUCGAGAAGCCUGCCCAACUUCAUCGACAAGAAGCCCGAAGGUGCGGAGACGCCAGGAAUUAUAAUCCCUUCCAUGGAGUCUACGUUACUACGCUUGAGCACGACCGUGAGAUCCAUGGAAUGCAACGAGGCCACGGAACAAGAAAUCUCUGACGAAGGAUUGCCUUCUUACGAAGCCGCCUUAAAGCUGGACGCGAACGGCUACGUGUAACACCGACGACCGACACGCCUCUCUGAUCCCGAAGAAUUUUACGAUUCCUCGAAUCGAUCGCGUUCCUUCGCGUAUCUGUCUUCAAGUAGAGCGAAGAGAGAGAUUGGAACGUCGAGGAAUUGGAAAGAAGGAAGUUAGGUCCAUUGAUUUUCCAUUUUUGCGCCUCCACUUCUCCACCUACGUUUGGGAAAACCUUGCUUCCUUGUGUUUACAGCGUCGCGAAGAGAAGCUUUUUCGACGGAUCAGACUGCGACUCGAGCAAGACUCGUGUGCAAUUGAAAUUUCUGAAAGUUACAAUCCAAGGGAAUAGGACGAGGAAAGAGUGACACUGGAGUCAGUGGAGUUGGAGUGGAGCAGUUGGAGGAUGUUUAGAGGAGAGGUUUCUAGUCUUCGUUUUUGAUCUCGAGAGAAGCAUUCGUCGGGCAACGAAAUUGUAAGUUGACAAGCAUCAGACGCUUUGAUCUAAUUCCGGGAUUUUGAAAAAACAGAGCGAACUUAUGAAAGAUGAGAAAUAGCUGGGGAAUCAGGAUCGAGUAGUUUCCAAUCGAUAUGUUGCGAGUUACUUAGAAGGAAGAUAUACGCGUUCUUUUUCUGGCUCCGAAGAAGAGAGGUUUGUUUCGAGGAAGAAAUUGAGAUAAAUAGAAGCACCUGUGGAUGUUGGAUCUUGCGAUCGAAUUUACGGGAGGCGAGAAAUCGUUCGAUAGAGAAUAGGUUGCAAUCCAUAGGUUCGAAAUUACGUGCCUGGUAAGAACGAUCUUCGCCUGUGAUUUUUUAAACAAGAAAAGGGCCGUGAGAUAAAUAUUUAGGACGACAUUAAACUUCUAAUCGAGUUUGCGACGAAUGAAAAAUUGCGUAUCGAGUGAUGUGGAACGAAAGUGGUUCAGGCUGUUUGAGAAAAGAAAGGACACAGUGACGGUCGAAAUGGAGUACGCGAAUCAGGUGUCGAUAAUCCUUCGAUUUUUCUGAAACUGUGAGACUUGAUCCGUGAAUUACUGAAUUAUUAUCUGUGAAUAUAAUGUGAUUAGACGAAUGUUGAUUUGUGUUUGAUUAAAUUGAAUAUCGAGACUCGAGAAUUCAGCAACAUCGUGCAACGAACGUAUACCAAAGAAUAUCCUGCAUAAUAUCUCAUUUCAUAUCAUUUAGAAACUCGAAUUCUCAUCAAUUUUCAUGUAACGUGUAAGCUAACGUGCUCUAAAUAAAAGCGAAAAAUAUACAAUAUGUAAGCAUUUGAGAAUCCAGACGUGCUAAUUGUUCCAACUAUCCACAGUGUUAAAUGUCGGAUAUAUCCGCAGCAGCUGUUUACAGUGAGUCCAUCGUAAUCGCGUGAAUUCGCGUAAAUAAAGAGACAGAAACAACGAUAUCCGUUAGACAGAUCGGGAUCGUCGUUAAAUUUCUCAUCGGCUGAAAUAGUACGCAGAGAGCGCAAGAAAUCGAUGAUCUUAUCCUUCAGCAAGUGAAGGCCACUUUAGUGGUCCUCAACCAUAUCGUUGAUCAGCUUAAAGACCACUUUAGGCGGGCAUGAAUUACGCCUUCGUUUAUGGUCGUUCGCGGAGCUGAUCGAGUGUCGCGAAUUCGUCUACGUGUUAGUUAACGUGGCUGGUCGGAGUCCUCGAAACGGCUUAUGAAAACAUAUUUCUUUUCUCGGCGAGGAAAACACGAGAAAGAAGUUUUGGCGAGAGGUUCGGAUAUCGAUAAAAAUAUGCAGCGCGAGGAUUCUAUUAAUCGAAGAAAACCAAUCUGACAAAAUUGCGCGAUAAGGGGGAGGAUUUAAUGCAUUGUUCUGUGGGCGACGAGAAAUUCCACGAAUUUGGAUUUGCCACAUUUCUUCGAUGAUUUAUUCUCGUUCCGAAAAGAAUAUUUUUAGUUUCAAUGGUGAAGGCAAGGAAAAGAAAAUUAAGAAAAAUAUCGCGAGAAAAAUUCCGAUAGCGACGAAAAUAUCGAACGUUUUCUUUUAAUCGAAGAAAAUCAAUUUGGUAAAAUGGACCAAAUUGAAAAAUAAUAAAUAAACGAAGUGACUCGAUAUCGUGCUUUGAACAACGAAGAAUUCUGUAUACUUGAAUUUGUAAUAUCUCUUCUGAUAAUAGAUACGAUAAUAGAUAAGAACAACGACAUGAAUUAUUCGAUUCGAGCGCAAGACUUGUUCCUUUUAAAAAUUAACAAACGACGAAUAUCUGACGAAUUAUCUACGAAUAUUUGCCUUGCAGAGGCAAGAUAGUUUAAUCUACUCUCAAGCAAAUAAAAUUUCUUAUCAAGCAAAUAAAAUAUCAGUUAAAACAUAAAAUCAUAAGCACAUUUUAGUAAUGCCAUUUAUAUAUAUAUAUAUAUAUAUAUAUAUAUAUAUAU